GUGAAGCUAAGAACCUAGGACCAGUCUCAGGUCCAAAUCGGCAAAGGGAUCUCUGCACCUUUUGCACCAUAAGUCUGGAUCAGGAGGAGGUGUUCCGCACCAAGGUGUUUGACAAAAGCGUCAGCCCUUUCUACGGAGAGGACUUCUACUUUGAGAUCCCACGUCCGUUUCAGUGUUUAUCCUUCUAUGUUUAUGCCAAGAUCGUUUUCCAAAGGGAGCUAUCUGUUGGCAAGGUGUCAAUCCGGAAGGAUGACCUGUGUAAAUACAGUGGGAAGGAGCACUGGUUUAGCCUUCACCCAGUAGAUCCUAACUCAGAAGUCCAGGGUAAGGUUCACUUGGAGAUGCGAUUGAAUGAAGUGAUCACAGAGAACGGCUCAGUUGGUCAACACUUAGUAGUCCGGAUAAUAGAGUGCCAAGGACUACCUUUGAUCAGUGGGCAGAACUGUGACCCCUAUGCCACCGUGUCACUUGUUGGACCUGCCAGGUCUGACCAAAAGAAAACAAAAGUAAAGAAGAAAACCAGCAACCCUCAUUUUGAAGAGACCUUCUUCUUUGAGGUCACACGGUCCAGCAGCUACUCUAAAAAGUCUCAUUUCCAAGUGGAGGAGGAGGACAUUGAAAAACUUGAGAUCAAAGUUGAUUUGUGGAACAAUGAAAGUCUGGCUCAGGAUGUGUUUCUGGGGGAGACACGGGUCCCUGUCAAGAUCCUGCGAAAUGACCACAUCCACAAAGCCUGGUAUCUCCUCCAGCCUAAAGGGAACGGCAGCAAGUCCAAGUCUGAUGAUUUGGGAUCUUUGCGUUUGAAGCUGACCUACAUAGAAGACACGGUGCUGCCAUCUGCCUGCUACACACCACUCUGCAACCUGCUGCUCAAAUCCCCUGAUGUGAAGCCCAUCUCGGCGUCUGCAGCACACAUCUUGGGGGAUAUCUGCAGAGAGCGAUAUGAGGCUGUUCUGCCCAUGGUUCGACUGCUGCUCCACCACAAUCGCUUUGUGCCUUUUGUCUCUGCUGUGGCAGCGCUAGAGCUGGAGAACACUCAGGAGGCUAACACUAUAUUCCGUGGCAACUCACUGGCAACACGCUGCAUUGAUGACAUGAUGAAGAUUGUGGGAAAGAAUUACCUGGCGGUUACCCUGAAGCCUGUAAUAGAUGAGAUUUGUGAAUCCAACAAAACAUGUGAGAUAGACCCCAUAAAACUAAAGGAAGGUGACAACGUGGAGGUCAACAAGGAAAACCUUCAGGGUUACGUCCAGAAAGUCUUUUCCUCCAUCACCCAGUCCAGUUCCAGCUGUCCCCCACUUAUGUGUGAUGUCUUCAGGUCACUGAGACACUUGGCCUGCAAACGUUUCCCAGCUGACCCACAUGUUCAAUACUCAGCCGUUAGCAGCUUUGUGUUCCUGCGGUUCUUUGCCGUUGCUGUUCUUUCUCCGCACUCAUUCCAGCUCCGUUCCCACCAUCCUGAUCCUGAGAUUUCUCGCACACUCACACUCAUCUCAAAAACAAUCCAGACCCUGGGCAGCUGGGGUAGUUUGUCAAAAAAACUGUCUAGUUUUAAAGAAACCUACAUGUAUGACUUCUUCAAAUCAUUCCAAGAAGAAAAGUGUAUCGAAAAAGUUAAAAAGUUUCUCGAUGAGAUCUCCUCUAAUGUCAGCAAGGAGUCCAGUGGGCUGGAGGACGCAGUGGUUCUCAAGGAGGGGGAGGUACAGAAACGUGCCCAAGGGAGAAAACGCCUUGGCAAGAAAAACUUUAAAAAGCGAUGGCUCAGAGUGACCAACAGGGAGCUCUCCUACCACAAACAUAAAGGAAAAGAGGCCCUCUGCAUCAUCAAUGUCAAAAAUAUUCAGGCGGUGGAGAAACUGGAUGAAAGUGCCUUUAACCGCAAAAAUAUGUUUCAGGUGGUCCACUCUGAGAAGCCUCUGUACGUGCAAGCAGGAAACUGUGUAGAAGCCAGCGAGUGGUUGGAGGUCCUGGGCCAGGUCAGUCGCUGCAACGAGGGACGCCUGGCCACCUUCCAUCCGUCAAAUUACACCAGUGGAGCCUGGCAGUGCUGCAAAAGCCAGAGUAACAACGCACCGGGCUGUAAGCCCUGCACAAGCGUCGUGGUGGCCAACCUGCAGCUGGACAUAGACUGUGACCGGGAAACGGAGAGAAUAUUCUCCCUCCUUUCCUCAAAUGACACCAAGCUCCAGAACAUGGAGGAUGCAUGUGCCAGUAUGGCAGUGUACCAGGGCCCCCAGCGGGAGCAGGAGGACUACUCAAAAUUCACCAUUCAGGAACCCAAAGAGACCUUUCAGACACUCAAACAGCUCCGAAACGUCAUGGAAGAACUUCAAAGGCAGCACAACAUCAGGAGCGACAACAUGGCACAGUACGGGAGCCUGGACAACCCGAUCGUAGGGAAAACCUCCUAACCAGGGCAGGGCGGUGUGGCCUGAAGCAGCAGGUGUUCAUACAUAACAGAGAGCCUAAACACGGUCCUAAAGGAGCCCUGGUAGUUGUCCCAGCAAGUGCACCCGCUGUGUGUCAAGGUGAAGAACGAACUAUACACCCUGACCUCCAGAAAUCAAGAGUCCACUACACCAGUGACAGCCUAAGAAUGGGAACCAGAAGGAGCUUUACCUGGAUCUCUCCUCGGUCCUCGAAAUGAACAAACCCUUAGGUGUUGUCGUUUUGUUUGGCGCCUCAUCUCCUCCUCCCCUCCCUCUGCAUUGCAGGUUCCUAUAGACUCUUUUCCUUGUCUUAAUUUAUGUCCUCUUUUACGUCUACAGCUGUGUGGAAAAGACAUCAUUAGAUGGUGUGUGAAUAGGCUGCUAAUUUUUUUUAUUCACCUGGUUUUAUAUCAACAGCUGUGAUGAUGCUCUCCCAAUCUUUUAAGGUUUUGCUCUGACACUUGUCUUGAGUUGAUUGAUAAUCAUCUUUCUGGAGAUUCAUCCUCUAUUUGUGCCCCUUUUAUCUUUCUCUACUCCUUUUUAGUGUCCUUCCUCUUCUGAACAAAUGUGUAUAUAUUUUCAGAGGACAGUUGAAUAGAUGAAACCGAUCUGCCUUACUUUGAUGGAUGUUUCUUUCACAUUAAAUGCUGAGGGAAUAAUAAUGCAGAAGCACUUUAAAUAUUUGGAGCACUCCAAAUGGAAAAUGAUUAGAUACUUGGUAUCAGCUUUCCCCAUUUUGAUCAGUUACAUGAUCUCGAGUACAUCUAUGUUUCAUUCCUGUACAAUAACAUUUAUAGCCUGUAGAUUUUAAGAUAUUUUCUUGACCAAAGACAAUUUCAUAGGUUUGACUUGAAAAAAAUAAUUAAUGUAUUUUGAAUACAAAUGUUUUAAAAAUGGAGAUAUAUAUGGUUUCUGUUCAUGUUUUUGCUAACAUAUCCUUUUACUUUUUAGUGACUUAAGGCAAGCAGACUGCAUGCGUUCAGUUUUAAGACCUGAUAGCACAUGAUUGUGGUGUAGAGUUGUAUUUCCCUGUGAUUGUGAAUCGUAUUGGUACGGUAUACAUCAGAUCUGUGCUGUCACGUUGAGAGCAUCACAACAUAUCUUUAGUGGCUUAUGUAACAAAUGAUAGUAGAGGAAUCAAUCAGAAUAACAAAUUACCCCUGUCAUCCCAAAAUUAGUCCAGACAAUCGUGGCAACCAACAAACACAUUAUGUCCCUUUCUUCUUUUACUUUUCACUCCGCAGCUCCAGCUGUUGUACUUUUGGAGGUUUUAGAGAAUUAGUUUGAAAUGUGGCACUGUGCAGCUUAAAAGUUGAAAAAGUUAGUGUUCUCCAGCUGUGAGUCACAGCACUCCACCGCCCGAACAGUCAAUACAAGUCUGUGUAGUAAACAAGUUUGAAAAGUGGAUACAUUGAUAAUGAGAAUACACAUUAACUCCUGAUAUCCUGACACAUGUUACUCCGAAUCAUAUCAGAGCUGCAUCUGAUCAAUACAGUAAUGGAAAAUAAGCUAUCAAUAAAUGCUUAUCAGAAGUUUUCAGAGCCCAAAUGAUGUCUUAAAAUUGCUUAAGAUUUGUGAUUUUUGAUCUGUUGGUAUUCAGUUUGUUAUGUGAAAUCCUUAAACUUUUAAGCUCCAACCAGCAAAUUCUCUAUCCACUUAUCGAUAAAUCAACAAAUCACUUUUGCGCUGGAGAAAACUGUUGAUCAGUCAGACUUUUUCAAACCCUGGUUUUGUCUUUUUGUUUUUCAUUCUUUGCCCGUUUGAACAAUGAAGUGUUGAAAAGAUACAAAAGAAACUUGAAUUUAUUUUAACAACAAAAGUUGACAAUGCUGAUAAUACAGGGUUAACCAUGUAUUUUUCUUUGCUUGUGGUUGUUUUCAGAAGUUUUGUCUUUGGUCCGUCAUAUAUUUCUAACAUGCAUGUCUUGUGUAUUUAACAAUAUAUUUUUCUAGGAAAAUGUUUUUGUAUCUUUUUUUUUGUGUGUUUCUAUACUGGUACGGUACCUUGUUCUUCGUCUGCAGCGCUUCUCUGAGGCUGUCCGCUUUUUGUUUUUGUCCCAGAGUGGUCCCUUUACUGACUGUGUGUGGUUCUAGCUGCUGCCAAACCUCCACUUGUUGAUAGCUUACCGCAGUGUUACUGAAGUGAAUAUUGUGUGUACAGUAAUGUCCCACGAGCUGCAGCUGGCACUGACUAUGUUCACAUGCAGGCUGUAAGUGAAUGAACUGCCUAAUCAGAGCCAAAAUACAACUGUAAAAUGGUUGAUUUUUUUUAUUAAGAAAUUGAUCAUUGGAUGAACUUUGCCUAUGCUUGUGAAAAACUGGACCAAAUUUUAAUAUUAAUAUGUGGAUCUGAAUCCCACAGCAUAAAGUUGUUUUUUUUUGUAUACUGUAAAAGCUUGCAUGUCAACUCCGUUGCUAGUUUUAAUAAGGGCCAGUCAACUAGCUGUUAAUGUCCUCUAGUGUGCUCAUUUUCGUAUGAAAGUGAACAUGUUUUGGGUCUUCAUUUCCAUUCAUUCGGUCAGUGAAUAAUGCUGUUUAUCUGCUUUUAAUAAGGGAAUGUUCCACCAUUUUGUUUUUCCAUGUCAGCACAUAUAAACAGUCCUUGUCAGGAUGGAGAUGAGAUGCAUGUGGGGAAACGCAUGCAGUGGCCUGCUAGUAGUUGAAGCACAUUGGCACAACAAUCUUCUUGACUCUGACGUGUUGGACUGCGGCCAAUUUCAUGCAAACCGAAAGGGACAUGAUGAUAUUUGCUUUGAACUGUUAUAUGAAUAACAUCAAUCUAGGUAGUAUGCGACUUGCACAUGUGAUGUGUGUUUCUAAGCACUUAUUAUCCACAGAAAGGAGAAAUUCCAGAUUUAUGCAAGAAGAGAAAUUGAUUUCUGGGUCUGUCAACUCAACAAUAAUAUCUAAAUACUUUUCAAAUGCAGGCAUUAAAAUUGCCAAACUCUUUUUGUCCUGCCAAUGAUCUGUUCUGUAAGAGUCACAUCACAGAGCACGAGUACUAUAAACAAUCAUAGGAUGUUUUUUCUGAGAUCUAAAAGCUUCUUCCUGUCCAGCGCGCAGCCAAUAGUUGCAGACAGUGGAGGGCAACUCACUUCUUCUGAAUGUCUCCAUACUGCUCGAGUACAAUGUCUGUUCUUUUUUAUACACGUUAAAUAUUUUAUUUUCCAUACAUGGUCUUUUCUGUGUCCAUUUGAAACAAUUUACAAUAAACACUUUGCCAACUUGUU